AUGGAUGAUACAAAUCGUUCAGGUGUGCAUGCUCCUUCCUUCCUCUUCCAUUCUUUUUAUAUAUUUUUGUGUAGGAAACCAGCAACUAACGCAGCUCUGUGGUUGUUCAAGGGGACCCACCUAUACGAAUGUCUUAGUCUAGAUGUUGGAAGUAUUGUCCCCGGAAGUGAUAUACCGAGGUGGUUUAACAAUAACCAUGUGAGCAAGGACAAUUCAAUAAUCAUAGAUGCAUCUCCCGUCACCGAUGACAAUUAUUGGAUUGGAGUUGUGUGUUGUGUAAUAUUUCAGAUGCGGGAUAUCACUUCUCAAUCAGAAACAUCAUCAUGGUCGGGUUAUGACAUUCCUGUGAAUUUCACUAGUGAUCUGGACGAAUCAGAUCACAAGUGGCUAUUCUAUCUAACUCAGCAAGAUUUCAUUAAUCAACGCUACUUUGAGGGCAUGCCAAAUAUUGAUGGCUUGAAGUUGAAAAUUAAAAUAAAUGACAUAAAAUCCUUUAGUCAUGACUGCGUAGUUUCGGGGGAAGAGGACCCAUGGUAUGAGAAAUUUUGUCUGGUUGAAGUGAAGAAAUACGGGUACCGUUGGGUAUCAGAACAAGAAGAUCUGGAACUAUCAAAUUCGACAGUGAUGCAUGGUGGAAAUUUGAUAACUCAUAAGCGCAAGUUUUUGGCGAUGGAGGAAAACAAGUAG